AUGGAGCCGCUACCGCCGCCGAAAGGGGGGGAGAAGGGCAGCAGUCAGGCAGUACAGAAUGUGGCCGUAGAGACUCAAGGAUCGUCCUCGUAUCGAGACGAGCCGCCUCAGGAUGUCAGGCCAAAUAUACAAACGCGGACCACAUCAACCGCAACACAACAGUAUCGCGUGUACAAGCGGCGUUGGGUGGGCUUGAUACAACUGGUCCUUUUGAAUAUCAUUAUCAGUUGGGAUUGGCUCACCUUCUCAGCUGUAUCAACCACCUCAGCUGAGUAUUUCAAUGUAUCUGAAAGCACAAUCAAUUGGUUGAGUACUGCAUUCCUCUUUGCAUUCGUUAUCGUCAGCCCCGCUGUUAUAUGGACUCUUAAUCGAGGCCCCAAAGUCGCCAUCAUUGUCGCAAGUAUUCUCACUUUCGUCGGAAACUGGAUUCGAUAUGCGGGCACCCGGGCAAGCGGCGGCCAUUUCGGUGUGGUGAUGUUUGGCCAGAUCAUCAUCGGCCUAGCGCAGCCAUUUGUGCUGGCCGCACCUACUCGGUACAGCGAUCUAUGGUUUACCGAAAAGGGCAGGAUCUCUGCUACCGCAGUCGCAUCACUAGCGAACCCUCUAGGUGGCGCUCUCGGCCAACUCGUCGGACCUUUCUGGGCAACCUCCCCCUCCCAGGUCCCCAAUCUCGUCCUGUACACAGCCAUUAUCAGCACUUGCGCCUCCGUCCCCUCCUUCUUCAUACCAUCUGCCCCGCCAACACCUCCCUCUGCCUCCUCAUCCAUCCCGAAGACGCCCCUCCGCGCCACCUUCCGCGCUCUCAGCCGCAACCCCAGCUUCUUCCUCAUCCUCCUCCCCUUCGCCGUCUACGUCGGCCUCUUCAACGCCAUGUCCUCGCUCCUCAACCAGAUUCUCGGACCCUACGGCUACAGCGAGGACCAAGCCGGGAUCUGCGGCGCGCUGCUCAUCGUGAUCGGCCUGCUCACCUCCGCCGUCACCAGCCCGAUCAUCGACCGCACGCAUGCGUAUCUUCUCUCUAUCAAGAUACUCGUGCCGGUCAUUGCAGCUAGCUAUCUAUGUUUUAUCUGGGCGCCGCCGACAAGAACAUUGGUCGCUCCUUACCUCAUUGCCUCCGUUCUUGGCGCUUCUUCAUUCUCGCUUGUGCCGAUUGCGUUGGAGUAUCUGGUUGAAGUCACGUUUCCAGCCUCGCCUGAGGUUGGCUCGACGAUCAGCUGGGCGGGUGGUCAGCUGCUCGGCGGUGUGUUCAUUCUUGCUAUGGAUGCUUUGAGGGAAGAAGAGGAAGAUGGAGCCACGCCGAAAGGGAGUAUGUGGCGUGCGCUAGUAUUUCAGGCAGUUUUGGCGGUUCUGGUCGUGCCGGCGCCGUUGUGUUUGGGCGUCAGGAGGUUUGGGUUGGGCAGGGACAGGGAGAAGGGGAGGUUGGGCGUUGAUGAGGGCGUAGAGCAGAGCGACGCACCACCACAGGAUGACGAGGGUGCCCUACGGGGUGAGAGUGGGAUGUGA